AUGACCCUCCUCGCCGUGCUCCUAUUGGCCCUCUUUGAGUGCCUCGCCCUCCGGGGACAAUCCUCCCGCACCGCUUGGCUCGCCCAUAAUUGCGGUGCGCGAGAGCUCGACCGCCUGGCGACCCGGCAAGUUCGAGUAGCUGGCGUGUUGCGCGCCGAACCGGCCCAGCUACAAACUGGGGAUCAGACGGAACAAGGGGAGACGGCGGCAGAGCACAGGGUGAACAAGCUGUUGGACCACAUCAUCAAGCUGAGGUUGCUGACGCAGUCUUCCGACGACGUUAAAGAUGUUUUGGAGGUUGCGCGGCGGACGAGAGAGCUCGAUGUGGGCAUCGCCUCGAGGUCGGCCUGGCCUCUGCCACGUCCUGACCCUGGCCUGAAUACGCGCGUGCUGCAGGGUCGUGGCUCACGAUGCGCAUCAUACGCUUUUUUCAACCAUAAGCUCCAGUCCCAGACCUUUGAUACCGACGACCCCGAGCUGAUCAAUGAGGCCAUUGCGAUCCGGAACAUGGGCCGCAAGAACAACGAAGACAUAGCCGCCGAGAUCAUAGCUAUGGUUCCAGACUUGUUGAGCGCGGCACGCGAAGGGUCCAACCUGGCAGCGGCUCCUUCUAUGUCACAUGUCCUGAAGCAGGGAUUUCCAAAACUCAGGCACGAGGCCCUUGCUCAAGAACGGAAGGAUAUCAGGCAAGCACUGAUUCAAAUGGAUACCAUCGUAUCGUUCAGCAGAGAAUGUGGCUGGCAGAACUUCGAGGCAAAGACGAAGUAG